GAAGAACUCACGGACAAUUACCCUUUGGCACCUUUGGAUGAAAUAAUCAAUAGGAACAUAUUUUCUUGGGGAGUGAAUUGAGUGGAAUAUUAUUACAUCUUCAGGCCACCUGGCUGAGCAACCUCCAACUCAGGGAUUAAUAUGAGGAAGCCUUUAAAUGGGCUAGACCCUGGAAUCCGACUGAAGGGCCACCAUUGGGUUUAAAGGGAGACGCAACAUGCAAACCGAUCGGUGAACCGGUGUGGCCUGUCAGACCCCCACCCUUGAAGCCAACACACCACCAACCUAUCUUUGGGUGGGGGGGAUUGUAGAUACUUGCUCUCUGCCUGACAACAAAAGAAGAUGGAGUCUUUUCUACCAAGAAGAAGUCACAACAUCAUGGAUUCGUCCAGCUCCUUUCUCCUCCUCAGACCUCCUCGCAGCUGCAUGAGGCACCACUACCAGAGUGUGAAGAGAAAACUGCGGCCUGGGCGAAUUCUUGGCUUUGUCUUCAGCCUGGUGGUGGUAUGCACAGUGUGUUCAAGCAGUGCCUUGUCUCUUGUCACCACGGGGGUGCCCAGUGAAUCAGAAUCUGAGGGUUCAAGAGAUGGAGAGAUGCCCCAAAGAACUCUCCUGGAGCACCAGAAUGUCUCCGACCCCGGGGCUCAGCAAACAUCAGAAAUCGAGAUGAAUCACGGGGACUACCCAACAGACUACUUUAGCAUCGAGGACAGACGCCAAGGCUUUGUGGUGUUUCACAUGUUUGGCAUGUUGUACAUGUUUAUAGCCUUAGCCAUUGUGUGUGAUGAAUUCUUUGUCCCGGCCCUGACUGUCAUUACCGAAAAGCUGGAGAUCUCUGAUGAUGUAGCAGGAGCCACCUUUAUGGCAGCAGGUGGCUCAGCUCCAGAGCUGUUCACCUCCGUCAUAGGAGUCUUCAUAUCCCACAGUAACGUGGGCAUUGGCACCAUUGUUGGCUCCGCCGUCUUUAACAUCCUGUUUGUGAUCGGGAUGUGCGCCCUCUUCUCCAAAGAGGUGCUGAACCUCACCUGGUGGCCUCUGUUCAGAGACGUCUCCUUCUACAUUGUUGGCUUGCUCAUGCUCAUCUAUUUCUUUCUGGAUAAUCAAAUCACACUGACGGAAAGUAUUGGCCUCCUCAUGUGCUACGCCACUUAUGUGACGUUCAUGAAGUUUAACGCCAAAGUAGAAAUGAUCAUCAAAAGACAGCUGGGCACCAACCAGGUGGACAUAAUGGAGACUGCACCCAAGGUCAACACUCCGCCCGCGGAUGAUGAGAACAAACUGAUGGCCAAGCCAAGAUUACAGAGGGAAGGGAGCUGCGCUUCACUGCACAACUCAUUGAUGAGAAACAGCAUCUUCCAACUCAUGAUACACACGCUGGAUCCGCUGAGCAAUGAAGGACGAUUCAAGGAGAAGGCAUCAAUCCUUCACAAAAUGGCAAAACAGAAAUGUAAAGAAGAUCAAACUGUCAGUGCCAACGGUGUUGUAAUCAAAAACAUUGCCACGAGUACAAAGGUGGCAGUGGAAGUCACUCCUCCAAUGAAUGGUGUCGUUGGAGACGAGGGUGGCGAGGAGGAGGAGGAAGACGAAGAUCAGCCUCUGAGCCUGGCCUGGCCUGACACCACCAGGAAACGCCUCACCUACCUCUUCAUCCUACCCAUUGUCUUUCCUCUCUGGCUCACACUGCCUGAUGUCAGGAGAGAGUCCUCAGAAAGGUUCUUCCCCAUUACCUUCCUUGGCUCCAUCUCUUGGAUUGCUUUCUUCUCCUACUUGAUGGUGUGGUGGGCUCAUCAGGUUGGAGAGACUUUUUGGAUCACAGAGGAGAUCAUGGGUCUCACCAUCCUUGCAGCGGGAACUUCCAUCCCUGAUCUCAUCACCAGUGUGAUUGUGGCCCGAAAAGGCCUCGGUGACAUGGCCGUGUCCAGCUCAGUGGGCUCCAACAUAUUUGACAUCACCGUGGGUCUGCCCUUCCCGUGGCUCCUCUACAACAUCAUCAAUGACUUCAAGCCGGUGGAGGUGAGCAGCAAUGGCCUUUUCUGUGCCAUCGUCCUCCUCUUCCUCAUGCUCCUUUUCGUCAUCAUCUCCAUCGCGGCCUGUAAAUGGAGGAUGAGCAAGCUGCUCGGCUUCUUCAUGUUCCUGCUCUAUUUUGUUUUCCUCGUCGUCAGCGUAAUGCUGGAGGACAAAAUUAUCAUCUGCCCUGUGACUGUCUGAGAGCGGCGCCUGUUUGGUGGCGUCGGUGCCGCUUUAUAUGUUUUAAGUGGGUUGAUACCUACUGGAAGCGACUGACGAAACAGUAACGUGAACACUGACUGAGGUGGACAAAUCAACCAAGGUUCAUCAGAGACGGUGAUGUGUCCGAAAAACAGCAGUACUAUCCGCAGAAGCAAUGGGGUUACUUUGAUGAUUCAUAAGAGGAGUGAAGUGUUGCGUUAAGCUCUGGAAGGAAUUCUCGUCAUCAUGGGGAGUGGAAGAGAGGAAAGUGGACUUCAUUGAUGUUUAGAGUUCAAACGUUUUCUUUCACUGCGUUACUGUACAUUGUCAUUGCAUUUGAUUCAUCAGAAUAAUUUUUACUGUAACUGUUCAUUCAUUUCAUCAAAUAUAAACAUAGGCUGGUAACACUUCUCACGACAGUACACAGAAUUGCAAUUGAUUGAGGUGCCCGUUAUCGCUGCCAAUAUCAGUAUGUGAUCAAUGUGUUUUCAAACAGUGUGAUUACGAUCACAUGUUGAUGUCAUCUUCAUCCUCUUUGGUUGCUGGGCCUCAAAAUGUGGCGUUCACAUGCUGUUUGUCAUGGGGAAACCUCUACUAACCUUGAAUCACUCUUGGUGCACGAUUUGGACAAAAGUAUUUGGACGCAUUUAAAUCUACAGUGAGUGAAAAUAUAAGUAAAAAAAAUUGAGUUGCUUAUAACAAAUUUUUUUUUAAAGUGGCUAUGAUAGCGUUCACUCUUCUGGGAAUACCUUUUUUCCAGUUACUUCAGUUUCCUCCUGCAUCCCCAAAACAUCUAUGGCAGGUUAAUUGAACACUCCAAAUUGCCCAUAGGUGUGCUUUUGAGUGUUUGUCUCUCUGUGUCCUGCGAUUGGCUGGCGACUAGUUCAGGUUGUACUCCAUCCCUUGCCCGGAGUCAGAUGAGAACGGUGCCAGGCACACCCGCGACGCUAAUGAGGAUAACCAGUAGUGAAGAUGGAUGGAUGGAUGGAAGAAUCCUACAAAAACAAAUGAUCCACUAUUGCUUUUUGGAAUUACUUAUCUGAAUAAUUUGACUCAUUGUCCUAUUUCCAAUUGAAUCAAAUCUCCCCUUGAUUCAUCGGGUCCUUACUGAAAUGGUGUGUCUCGAUACUUUAGUCUGGAGAUUUUAUGAAAUGAAAGUCACACUCAGUAUUCCUGAAUAACACCAAGCACUGCUUUUUUCUGUCUUACCAUCCAAAAUGUUCUGUACUCGCAAAAAUGACAACUUUUUCACUGCAAUUUUAGCAGAGCAUAAUUCACGUACUGUAUAGUGAAUGUGUAAAGCGGUGAGGUGCUGCAAUGUUUUUUCUUCUUCUUCUUGACUUUUAUAACCCCCAAGCACUUCUUUCAUAUUCACCUGUAUAUUUAUUUCUGUGUUUCACUUUUCUCACUGGUAUAUAAGUUUUUCCUGUUCAGACCAAGAAAUCUUCUUGUCCAGGUGAAAUAUAUAGCACAGAAACAUGCUUGAUCUAUGAAUCAUUUUAUUUUUAUCCACCCAUAAGUAUAUACA